ACCAAGUAGUAUAACAUAUAAGUAAGUAGCAUAGAAAAAAGUUCAAAUGUACCAAUCAAGAACGUUGAUAAGUAAAGAAUGCUUGCUGAUUGGUAAUUUUCGAGUAAAUGCGCGAAAUAUCAAAUUUGAUUAGAAAUAACUCGUCUAGAGAGCAAUUAUUAUAAAUAUCAUUACAAAUUUAUAUUCUGAUUAAUGAAAGUAAAAUAAAAUUCGAACAAUUUUAAUCAUUUUAAAUUUCCUUCGCAAUGGAGAAAGCAAUAUGGCGGAAUUGUAAUUGGUACUACGAUGGCGUAUGUUAGCAUUAUCUUUGGAGAAAUGAUCUUACGUGUCACGAAUUAAUGUUUCUUAACAUAAAAAGAAGGAUGUGAACAUUAUAGGUAUUUAUCAACUAACCUGUCAAUUCUGCGCCGUACCGGUGCGACAGGUAUAGUUUGUCAGCUUUUGUGAUGAGAAUUGUCGAUGAAUUUUAUAGAAUUGGCCUAAUCAUUAUAAUUAAUAACGAACGUUUUAAGAUAAAAUCGAAAAUGAUGUGAUUUCACUGUCAUUAUUUUAACAUAAUAAUUUCCACCAGUCGAUGAAAAGAAACUAAAAAUUUUAUUAAAAAUGGAGAUUGGUGUUGUUAAGAUCGCAGAGGAUAAAGAUUUUGAGAAGUUGAAACAGCUCUAUGAUAAUAAUAAUGAUUGGAAAUUAGAUUAUAAUAAGCCAGAUUUGUCCGUUUGGACAAAGACUGUUCCUGGUAUUAGUUUUAAAAUGGUAAAGAUUAGAACAAGAUUUUCUGAUAUUAUGCCAGAAACCUUAUAUGAUGUUUUACAUGAUCCUGACUAUAGGAAAGUUUGGGAUACUCAUAUGAUUGAAUCAAAAGAUAUAGGAUUUUUUAAUCCAAAUAAUGACAUAGGAUAUUAUUCUAUGUCUUGUGCAUCUCCAUUGAAAAACAGAGAUUUUAUAUUACAACGUUCGUGGCUUGAUACUGGAGGAGAGCAACUCAUCAUAAAUCAUUCCGUUUAUCAUAAAGACUACCCACCUAGAAAACAUUUUAUUAGAGCAACAUCUUAUUUGACAGGUUAUAUUGUAAGACCUUCCCGAAAUGGAGAUGGUUCAGAAUUGGGUUACGUAUCUCAUACAGAUCCACAUGGAAAAAUACCUGUAUGGUUAAUGAAUAAAGUUACUCAAAUAUUUGCACCAAAGAUGGUGAAAAAGUUACAUAAGGCUGCUUUGGGAUAUCUAGAUUGGAAGGUCCAAAAUAACCCAAAUUAUAAACCAUGGCACUUUCCAGAACAGAUAACAGCACCACGAAUACGAAUAGAGGAUUGCGUUAAAUCUACAGAAGAAAAAAAUUCCAAAGCUAAUUAUGUUGAUGAGUCUGAAUUGAAAGAGAUACCUCAUAAACAAUCUACAAUAAUGGACAAUGAUUAAUAUCUCGUAGUAUUGAUGUAGAUCUUUGCAUAGAUAAGAGUAGAACUAUAUAGUAUAGUCUGUUAGGUACACACUUGCAAAGUGCAAAUCAUGUGUACGUUUUUGAGAGGACAAAAGUUUAUGAUGUAACUACUGAAGUUUUACACUCCGCAUUGCGCCUUGUUGGCUACUAUUUUUAAAUGAUGAUGUUAUAAAGGACAAAUUUUAUCAUGGCCUGCUUUACAUUAAGUGCUAAUUUAAGCUUUUUAUAAAUGAAUCCUACGUAUUGUUAUAAUAUAAAAUAUAGUUCUAUCUAUUUCCAAAGAGAAUUUAAGGAAAUGCACAAUAUAGAGAAUAUAUAGUUA